AUGCCUCGAAGAAUCAUUAUUGUCGGUGGCGUUGCGGGCGGUAUGUCCGCGGCCACCCGUCUUCGACGUCUCGACGAAUCAACCAUCAUCGCUGUGUUCGAACAGGGAGCUUAUACCGGCUUCGCCAACUGCGGCAUCCCCUACGCGCUGGGCAAGGUUAUUGAGCAUGACGAAGAGCUGAUCCUCCGCACGCCAAAUGACUUCAAGCAGCGAUUCAAUAUUGAUGUUCAUCUUGGAGCUGAAGUCGUCAUUAUCGAUCGUGCAAGACAUUCAGUCAGUGUAUGGACUGAAGGAGAUGGCUGUAUGCGUCAGUUUGGCUACGACAAGCUCAUACUUGCCCAAGGUGCCGAGGCAUUUCGGCCUCCAUGUGCUGGGGCGGAAUUGGACAACGUUGCCACAAUGCAAACAAUUACUGACCUCCAAAAUGUACAUGAUUUGCUGUCAGAUCGCGAUGUAAAGCUUGGACUCGAUGUUUCAAUUGUCGAGUAUGGAUCGCAUCUAUCCUUGAAUGAGUCGGCCCAGAUGAUCGAUAAAUCCCGAGUCAUCCUAUCUAGUGGACUCGCAAUACCCGCCGACGUGGUGAUUUUAGCUGCCGGAGUCAGGGCCAGAACACGUCUGGCAAAGCAGGCAGGUUUGGUGUUGGGCGCGACAGGAGUCAGCGUCAACACUCACAUGCAAACAUCUGACCCUGACAUAUAUGCAGUCGGGGAUAUGGUUGAGACACAAAAUAAUGUCAUGGAAAAGCCGGCAAUGCUCGCCCUGGCUGGCCCCGCCAACAGACAAGGUCGAAUGGCGGCUGACCAUAUCUGCGGCAAGACGGUGAAUUAUCGAGGAAAUAUUGGCACACCCGUCUGUCGGGUGUUUGGUCUGACGCUCGGCUUUGUCGGACUUUCGACUCAAGUGCUCCGUCAGCUUGGCCAUGAUCCUCUUUCGGUCACGGUGCACCCUCCAGAUCAUGCAGGAUAUUUUCCAGGCUCACAAACAAUGACUAUCAGACUUGCUUUCCGGAAGGAAACAGGGCACAUUAUGGGAGCGCAGAUUAUAGGCAAAAGUGGUGUUGACAAGCGAAUCGACGUGCUGGCGACAGCAAUGCAGUUUGGCAGCACGGUCUUUGAUCUCGAGCAUCUUGAGUUGGGAUACGCGCCACCAUAUGGCUCGGCAAAAGACACAGUCAACAUGGUUGGUUCUGUCGCAUCUAAUAUUCUUCGCGGAGACUGCAAGAUUGUCCAAGGUGAAGAGCUCAUCAGAGAGAAACUCGACAAAAUGCAAGUUGUAGAUGUCCGCUCUCCCGAGGAGUUUGCUCGUGGUCAUCUUUAUCAGGCAGUCAACCUUCCGCUCAACAACCUGAGGCAACAGUUGGCCGCUCUGGAUAGAUCAAGAUCAACUCUGGUAUACUGUCAAGUUGGCUACCGCGGCUGUUUGGCUUACUGCAUUCUCAAACAGUUCAAAUUUGAUGUCGUUAAUCUGGAUGGGGGCUUUAUGACAGUAGUUCAAGGAGGAUAUCAAUUAUUACGUAGCCGAAGUCUGGCAAGUUAA